AUGACAGACGGUCCAUAUACCUCCACAUCACGAAUAAUGUUGUUGCUGCUUCUACUACUACUAGCACCAUUGUUCGUAUUGAGAGGAUGUGAUGGAGAAUCAUUGAGAGGAGGUGAUGGAGAGUCGGAGGAUGAAAUCAAUUCUUCGUUCGGAGGUGGUGGUGAUGGUGAAUUGUUGAGAGAAGGUGAUGGAGAGUUGGAGGAUGAAAUCGAUUCUUCGUUCGGAGGUAGUGGUGAUGGAGAAUCGUUCAUCGAAGGUAGUGAUGAUGGAGAAUCGUUCAUCAGAGGUGUUGGUGAUGAAGAAUUGUUCAUCGGAGGUAGCGGUGAUGGAGAAUCGAUCAUCAAAGGUGGUGGUGAUGAAGAAUCGUUCAUCAGAGGUAGUGGUGAUGGAGAAUCGAUCAUCGAAGGUGGAGGUGGAGGUGGAGGUGGUGGUGAUGGAGAAUCGAUCAUCAGAGGUGGAGGUGGAGGUGGUGGUGAUGGAGAAUCGUGUGGUCCGAGUCUGAAAAAAAUGUGUUUGAAAACAGCGGAGGCAAAAACGAUGAUAAUGGCUACAAUUCUUCUUUCCAUUUUGAAUAAUGUUAUCCUCAUUUUGAAACAUUGUGUAUAUAUAGGCGAGAUCGAGAGGGAGGGAAAAUAA